AUUUUGCUAGGCAGCGGCAGUGGCGGCGGCAGCGGCGGCUGGAGCCUCUGAUUGGGUUUCGGAGUCCGGUACUGGAGCCAAUCAGCGCGGGCAGCGAACCGGGGGAGCGAGGCACGGAGUGUACCUCACAGCCUUCUGGGAUCUCCAGAGUGGACAGGAAUCUCACUUGGAGGGACCAUGGAGCAGUAUACAGCAAACAGCAAUAGUUCGACAGAGCAGAUUGUUGUCCAGGCAGGACAGAUUCAGCAGCAGCAGCAGGGUGGUGUCACUGCUGUGCAGUUGCAGACUGAGGCCCAGGUGGCAUCCGCCUCAGGCCAGCAAGUCCAGACCCUCCAGGUAGUCCAAGGGCAGCCAUUAAUGGUGCAGGUCAGUGGAGGCCAGCUAAUCACAUCAACUGGCCAACCCAUCAUGGUCCAGGCUGUCCCUGGUGGACAAGGUCAAACCAUCAUGCAAGUACCUGUUUCUGGAACACAGGGUUUGCAGCAGAUACAGUUGGUCCCACCUGGGCAGAUCCAGAUCCAGGGUGGACAGGCUGUGCAGGUGCAGGGCCAGCAGGGCCAGACCCAGCAGAUCAUCAUCCAGCAGCCCCAGACGGCCGUCACUGCUGGCCAGACUCAGACACAGCAGCAGAUUGCUGUCCAGGGACAGCAAGUGGCACAGACUGCUGAAGGGCAGACCAUCGUCUAUCAGCCAGUUAAUGCAGAUGGCACCAUUCUCCAGCAAGUUACAGUCCCUGUUUCAGGCAUGAUCACUAUCCCAGCAGCCAGUUUGGCAGGAGCACAGAUUGUUCAGACAGGAGCCAAUACCAACACAACCAGCAGUGGGCAAGGGACUGUCACUGUGACACUACCAGUGGCAGGCAAUGUGGUCAAUUCAGGAGGGAUGGUCAUGAUGGUUCCUGGGGCUGGCUCUGUGCCUGCUAUCCAAAGAAUCCCUCUACCUGGAGCAGAGAUGCUUGAAGAAGAGCCUCUCUACGUGAAUGCCAAACAAUACCACCGUAUUCUUAAGAGGAGGCAAGCCCGAGCUAAACUAGAGGCAGAAGGGAAAAUUCCAAAGGAGAGAAGGAAAUACCUGCAUGAGUCUCGGCACCGUCAUGCCAUGGCACGGAAGCGUGGUGAAGGUGGACGAUUUUUCUCUCCAAAGGAAAAGGACAGUCCCCAUAUGCAGGAUCCAAACCAAGCCGAUGAAGAAGCAAUGACACAGAUCAUCCGAGUGUCCUAACCCCAGGCCAUGUGAUGGAGCUGAUCAAGGUCAUGUUUCUCACUGUUCCAGGAAAUUGAUCAACUCUUCCAACGGGACAUUGAUGAUCACAUUCUGCCCUUUUCUACAGGACAGAAACCACUUAGUUUUUAAUAAGUGGCUCAGUAUUACAAUUGCCGCGAUGCCUGGCAAAUUGAAGUUGCAAGCCUUUGUCUUACUCUCUCAGUCAGGACCUAUUUCAGACUGUUGAUGACAUUGACAUUUCAUGGAUUCGGAUGAUGCAAGGAGACACCUGCCACCCCAGCAGUACACAAAGCACUUAUGUUGACUGGUGAAGUCAGCCAGCCAUCUCAGCAGGGAAGAACAACCUUCUCAACCAAAACUGCAAUCAGGAAAGCAGCAGCCCACUCCUUCCCAUGGAAUCUAGACAGCAUUUAUCCCUCUGGUAGGGGAAUCUCACACUGACUAACUGAAUGGACGCUUUGUAUUCAGAGAUGGCUUCCAGGCAAGGAAGUUCUAUCUUGUGAUAUGGAAACAAUAAAUUCCUGAGAUACAUUCUUCCAAUCUGUGGUAAUAAUAAUUCCUCUCUGCCCAGAUGGUAGGUUGAUAUUUCUGGACUCUAGCCAAGCAAAAGCUAAUUCUGGGGAUAGAAUGAUAAAAGACUCAAGCACUAAAACUAUACAUUGCCAAAUCUCUUUUUUUAGCUUUGAAAAGUUGUGGCCUGCUUGUCCCUCUGUUGACUGGUCAUCUGGACCAUCGUACUUGCUGUGGCUACUUCUAAGACAAUGUAGAGGGUUACUGAACCUUGCAACUGCCUUUCCUAAGUAGAGAACAAGACUGUUCAACAACUUCUUUGCUGAAGCACUGAGGAGAUUUGUAGUACUCCUCAAGGGAGAGCCAAACUAGAGAUUUUCAAUCAUAGACUUUGUGACAGCAUUUGGGGAACUGAAAGAUUCAUGUGUUUCAGCCUAGGAGGAGAGAGUGGGGGAGAGGGAGAGAGAGAGAGAGAGCAUGUACACCCAUAUGUUAUCAUAGAGCACGAUUCUCCAGUGGAUGGAUACCUGGAAUGGAUCAUUAAGAUAAAGAGAGUAAUCCACAUUUACUCUAGAACCUUUAACAAGCACUGAAAGGAAGAAGCCUGAGAUUUGGUCCUUGACAAUUUCUGGAAAGCACUGGUCAGUCACGCUGUCCUGGACAGAGUCCAAGUUACCCACUAAAGCUUUAGGUGGAUGUUGGCCUCACUCCCGCAGCACAAUGCUGGCCCUAGAAAGCGAGCAUUUUCAUUCUUCCAUGGCAGCUGAUUCUUUGGUGCCAGUUUUCAUGUUUUCUCCAUAGGCCUUGUGCAGAAAGGUUUUCUCAUUGCAUCCAUACUGUGAGGAAUAAACUGCAGACUGAAAGAAACAUGCCUGCAGAGUCAGGAACUGGGCCACUGUUCCCAGAAUGGGUUGUGCCUCAGAAAUCUAUUUCUCUUUUAGAUGUUGAACCCUGAGAGAACUAAGAUGAUAUUUCAGAAGAGUUGGCUGCCUUCUCUGGAAACAAGGAAAACCCAAUAAUUCUGAGGAACACUGGGGGUUAAAUAACCAAGAAUAAAAAUUGGUUCUUCUUUGACUUCAGCUUAACUGUAUUAAGACAGAAAUUAAGCCCUCUAAAAACACCACAAAGAGAGAUCAUUGUAAUGAUAGAAAUAGAGGUACAGAGCUAUGCAAAGGAAACAGGAAGUGAAAUAUUCCUAGUCCCAGGGAUCUGGUAAUCUGUCCUGGCUUCCAGAUGUCAAAGGACUGAUCCUUUGGUAAGCUCACUAGAAACUUCUGGCUCUACAAGAGUUUGGGAUAUUAAUGUUAUUCAGUAAGUCCCAAGUUUUUCAGAGGAUAGAUUACUAACAAUGAGGAAUUUAUAUUCCUUGGUUAAUUUAGGAGUCUAAGAUGCAGAGUUCAGAAAGAAAUUACUCAGACCUAACUCUGAGUGCUUAAGCCGCCAACAGUUAGAAGAUGCUAUUUAUUUGUGUCUGUAAGUUUGUACAUAGCAAUGCCAGCCUUGUUGCUGAAUUUUUUAUUUGGGGGGGGAUGAGUUUGAAUUUUGUUUGAAAUGCUUCAGUUGUCAUUUUGUCAUUGCAUUUCAAAUAGCUCAUGACCCUUUUCUUGUGGUCACUUUAGCACACCAUAGUAGCCCACAAAGUGGGGGAGGGUAUUGACGUUUGGAUUUUUUCUUUGAUACUGGUUCUUUUAUUCAUUUUUGUGACUGUAGUGAUGACUUUACAGAUGGAGUAAGAGUGAAUGGAUGAAUGAAUAAUUGGUUUAAUGCCUAGUUAUGCAACUUGAGUGCUUUUUUUUUUUUUUUGCAGGAUAAUUUUAAGUGUACAUAUUUUAACUGCACUGGUACAUGUGAACAUGUCAGUGUUGAUGCCACUGGACCAACAGAGCAUUUUGUGGCUAUAGGGUGCCUGGUAAUAAUGUCUUGAUUUUUCUUUGGGAUUCAACUAUAUCGAAGGUUUUUCCCCCAGCAGUACGGGGGUGUACAGGUGAUCGAUCAUUAAUGUCAUUGCAAUUGUUAUUUUUUAAAAUAAAUUUAUAAAAAUAACCGAAAAGUAAUGUGACUUUUGAGGACUCUGCAACUCCUGGGUUCUAGUUUGUGUUUCCAGUGUUGAAAUUGUGAUCUCCCCCGACAAGACUUGUCUGCAUGGACAGUGUCUCUGUAAACAGUACCAAACUUG